UAAACCCGAAUAGGAUCCGAAUUAAGCAGGUAAAGGAUCCGACACAGUCGAUUGUCACCGAUCUCAUCCGAUUUUCCGUGUUAGUUUGUUCCAAGAAGAACACGCUUUCCUGCUCACAUAUCACGAAUAUCGGUGAGCACCUGAACCCUUGAUUGAAUCUCUUCUGAUCGAAACCGGAAUCCUAGGGUUUCAAAAUUUCCUCACUUUCCUCCUAUCUUGCUAGUUGAAAGCCAGCCCCUUUCCUGGUUCGUUUCGGUGUGGGAUUCUCAUCUUAUUAGUCGAUGAUCUAUGGCGGUUAGAUAGUGUUAGCAGAAUACCAGGUUGGGAUCUCGAGAAUGAGAGCUGUGAAUUUACUGUAUAGCUCUAGCAAUCCCAAAUUUCGAAGGAUUCUCAAUGGUCUUUGUGCUGUAAUCCUAUUCUUCUUCUUCUUCCUUGAUCGGAGCGAUUUCCUCAGAAACCCUUUUACAAAGAAUCUGUUUUUCGUUGACGGAAGUAAUCGAGGAUUGGUUUCCGACAAUAAUGGAUUUAGCCAGUAUACUGUAAUUCGUCGACAUAUGGUUGAAGUUGACAAGGAAAGUUCUGGUAAUAACAGCUUGAGUGUUGAUAGUACUGUGUUGUGCUCUGGGUUACAUGAACACAGAGGUUAUGCUGAUCAAUGCGAGUUCUUGAAAUCGAACCCGGUUUGCUCUCCAGAUGGGUUCUUUGAUUACCUGAGCUUCUUUUACUGCUCCUGCAGAGAUUUUAGGAUCUUGGGUUACUUGGUGUUAGGGGUUUGGCUUGUUGCUUUGUUUUAUCUCUUGGGUAAUACUGCUGCCGAUUACUUUUGUUGUUCGUUGGAGAAGCUUUCCAAGCUUUUGAGGUUGCCUCCAACUGUUGCUGGUGUUACUCUACUUCCACUUGGUAACGGAGCUCCUGAUGUGUUUGCGAGUAUAGCUGCUUUUGUAGGUUCGGACAAAGGAGAAGUAGGUCUUAACAGCGUCUUGGGCGGUGCUGUGUUUGUGACUUGUGUUGUUGUUGGGAUAGUUUCGCUUUGUGUUGCGGAUAAAGAAGUCAAGAUCGAUAAGAAAUGUUUCAUCAGGGACUUGAGUUUCUUCCUUUUCACAUUGGUGUCUUUGACUGUGAUCUUGAUGGUCGGCAGAGUGACUGUUGGUAUCGCCAUUGCGUUUGUCUCGAUCUAUGUGCUUUAUGCUUCUCUAGUGGCUGCGAAUGAGAUCUUGAGGAAACAUUCCAGGAUGUUGAAGCUUGAUUCCAUUACACCUUUGCUCCCGAUGCAGGGGAGUGUGUUCUCGCCAAGUGUUGAAGAUGAUAGUCCUAUGUACAGCUCGUUGCUUGAACUUGACACCGAGGAAGGUCCACCUCGGCUGCAUGAUUCUCUACCACAGUGGAUGUGGGCUACAAAUGUCGCCAUCUACUCCAACCAUUUCACGAAAGCCAAUGUGCAUGAUGAAGAAAGACCUCCAUGGGGAUGGACUGAAGAUGGUGGAGAAGUCGAUAGCUCGUUAUGUGCUAAAGUCACAUCCUUUUUGGAAACUCCACUCACAGUUCCUAGACGUUUAACAAUCCCAUUGAUCGAGGAAGAUAGCUGGUCGAAGACGUACGCUGUGGCCAGUGUCUCAUUGGCUCCUGUCCUGCUUUCUUUUCUUUGGAGCAGCCAAGAUAAUGUGAGUCCUCAAGCUCUCGUUGUAGCUUACUUUAUAGGAAUUGCGAUUGGAUCUGCUCUUGGAUAUCUAGCGUAUAAAAACACAGAACCUGAUCGUCCUCCACAAAGAUUCUUAAUCCCUUGGGUACUUGGUGGAUUCAUCAUGAGCAUUGUAUGGUUCUACAUGAUUGCAAACGAGCUCGUUGCUCUGCUUGUGACGUUUGGUGGAAUCUAUGGAAUCAACCCGUCGAUACUCGGUUUAACCGUGCUUGCUUGGGGAAACUCAAUGGGAGAUUUAGUGUCAAACAUAGCAUUGUCGAUGAACGGUGGAGAUGGUGUACAGAUCGCGUUAUCGGGUUGCUACGCAGGUCCAAUGUUCAACACGCUUAUUGGGUUAGGUAUGUCGAUGCUUCUUGGUGCUUGGUCCAAGAAUCCAGAGACUUACAUGAUCCCGGAGGAUGAUAGCUUGUUCUACACUCUAGGGUUUCUGAUAUUUGGGUUGAUUUGGGCUCUCGUGAUGCUCCCACGCAACGAGAUGCGACCGAACAAAGUGAUGGGCAUUGGUCUGAUCACACUGUAUCUGAUAUUUGUCACUUUCAGACUCAGCUCCGCCAUGGGAUUCAUACCUUGGGCUGCUUCAUAACGCCAUUGUAACGAGCUUUGAGAUCUGUACGGUACGAUACGAUUAAGAUUGUAAUCAGCUUACCGUAUACAUCAUCUAGUUAGAGAAAGCCAGAAAAUCUUGUUUGUAUUAUGUCAAUGUAACUGAUAAUGAAUCGCUUUGGUUGAUCUCGAUCGUAGAAAAUAAAUGUUUUU